UUCCUAUCUGAUUAUGUAAUCGGGUGAUUGAAACGUGGCAGUUUAGUUGUUAUAAUACGUGUCAUGGAUCGAAUAAACCAGCUUAGUGGUCACUUACUCACUCAACCCAUAAAUUUUGGUAUUCGUGGGAAACAUGGCCUCCCUCGUUUCCUAUACUUAAAAUCACAACUAUUUGCUUGCAUGAAAUCUCAGCAAACAACACUACAAGUCCAUUUUCUCCCACAAAAUCUAGCUAUGGCUUUCAUCAAUUCUACUCCAUUCUUCAUCAUACUCAUCGUCUCAUCAACUUCAUUUUCUUCAGCAUUUGCUGGAUCAGUUGUAGAAGAUCUCAAUAAUUUAAAACCACCUCCAAAUUUUAAACAAACCAUCACAAAUAACUGCCAACUCAACCCAUCCUUAAGGUACUGCAAUGCCACACCUCAUGAUCUUGAUGAAAUAUUCAAGUCGACAAUUGUUGCAAGCCACUUGUGCCGCGAAUCCAAAAAUCCAAAUUGUGUCGAAUCAUUUCCCAAAAUUAAUCUCAGGGAUCGUCCGAAAAUUGCACCAUUGUACUUGUCAUUCUCAUUCUUCUGGAAAUAUUGCCCCUUGACAAUUGUAGUGAUUGACAUAUCCCACAAUUCUCUGAGAGGUGAGUUCCCUUCUGAUGUUUUUCAUUGUACGCAAAUUCGGAGACUCGAUUUGAGUCAUAAUGAGUUAUCAGGGGAGGUUCCAAUCCAGAACUUUUCGCUUCUCAAUAAUCUGACAAUGUUGAAUAUUUCUUACAAUUAUUUUUCUGAAACAAAAAUCUCUGACGCUCAGUUUCUGAAACGGUUCAAUUCUUCGAGUUUUAUUCAUUCGGGGCUCCUCCCGGAUCACAACAAGUUCAAGAUCAAGGCCGUCUUGUUGUUAAUUUUGUUUCCACUGGUGGUGAUUCUUUUUGUGGUUUUGUUAAGUUGGUUAUGUUUCUGGAGGCCUGAUUUUUUACCUAGAAUGUUUCGAAGAAAAUACAAAUUUACACCGGCUAUGCUGAAAGCCGAAACGGAUGGAUUUUCGAAGAGUAAUUUAGUGAGGAGAAGUGCUAAAACGGAUAUCUACAGAGGUGUACUUAGAGAUGGAAGCAGAGUGAGAAUUGAGAUUUACAAAAGUAGUGCUUCGAGGGAGAAUCGAAGAAAGUUUGUUGAAGAAUGUCGAGUUCUUGUUGAAUUAUGCCAUGAGAAUUUAGUGCAGGUUCUUGGUUGGUGUGACAGUAGGAGGCUAAAAGCAGUGGUUACAGAGUGGGUUGAUGAAUAUAACGUUGAAAUGUGGCUGUCUUCGACGGCUCCUCAGUGGAAAUACAGAGUCGGAGUCUUGAUGGGGAUUGUAGAAGGGAUGAGUUAUCUACAGGAGGGGUGGCCUGAAGUUGAUUAUGACCUUAAAACCAGCAGCAUAUUAUUUUCUCAAAAUGAAGAGCCAAUGAUUUCAAGGUUUCGAGUCGAGGAGCACCACAGCUGCACCAGAAAGAUCUACAAGUUCGGUGUGUUGGUUUUGGAGAUGGUCACAAACAGGAGGCCACGAGAAUUCGAGGGCAACGAAGUGAGUUUUGUGGAGUGGGUAACAGAGUAUUAUCCUGGAAAUUCAGAGGAAGUGAUUGAUGAAAAAUUGAGCAGAGCAGGACACGAUUUGGAUCAUGCGACAGAGGCCUUAGAGCUGGGAUUGAUGUGCACUGAAACUACACAGGGUCAGCAGCCAAGCUUAGAUGAAGUUUAUGAUGUUAUUUCAAGGCUUCACAGGUGUUGCGUGGCUUAAACAUCUUGUGUUCAUAGGUCAGGACACUGAAGCCAUGCACCUGAGAAUACUGAUGAAUGGGAGUUUCAGUUUGGACUGUGAAAUCCAAAGAAAUUUCCUGGUUUUUUCUUGUUGCCUCUGUUAACUAUUUAGAUACGAUUAGCAGUGGUUCUCGAUUAGUUUUUUUUUCUUUUAAUUUGUUUGC